GGCUUCAACUCGAUCGAACAAUAAUCGCCAUGACCAAACCACGCCGAUCGAAGGAAAUGGACUCUAGAGAGCCUAACACGAGGGAAGCAGCGGCCGAAAUUAAGUCAGGGAUCUUGAUGGUCGGUGUCUUGUGUAUUCUAAUCGGACUGUAUCAUUGGAUCAUCACUUUGGUGUGGAACAACAUGGAUUUCGAAAAUCCUGCUUGUCCCAUUCACGGCGGGAGUUUGCUGACUUGGUUGGAUGCUACGGCCUUCUUAUUGAUCACAACCGGCCUUCAAGGCUUGGCCUUCAGUGGAGCCAUGGGUCGCUUGUCCGGAGAUCGAGGAAUAUGUUGUCAGGACAUUUGCGGGGGCUUCUUCGGCAAGGGUGUUUUCUACUUACUGUUCCUAGUUCUGUACCUAAGUUCUAUUUAUGGGAUCAUAACCAUGGGAGAUCUCGUUCAGAGUGAAAUUCAGAUGGACUUCCCGAACGUUCGGAAGUCGUAUUGUCAUCCGGUCGUGGUUUACUCGAGUCUAAUCGCCAUGUUCGCCCUUUUGAUGGCUUUUGUGGUCACGUUGGGAUUCGUGCUCAUCUAUUUAUGGCAAGCCCUUACUUGGACGAAAACUCGACCGAAAAAGAUAUCCUCCUCUUAUUAUCUCCUGGAAUCCAGAGCGAAAGGAGAGCGCGAUGACAUUCUGAAAGAUCUGGGGUUUGCCGACAAGUGAUCAGAGACUAUUUUCUUGACAACGAACAUGAAGCUUACAAAAUUUAUUGGCUUAGAAGUUCUGCAAUGUGAAUGAAUACGUCAAUUUCUUUUUUAUUUGGAACAACGCAGUUUCACUCCUCGA